GUACCCACAGCAUGUUGUCAUAGAAUUGGCGCAAGACGCGAUCAUUUCCCAAAUCCAAUUGCUCAGUCACCAAAACAAAAUAGCCACUCGCGUGGAACUUUUUGUUGGUUCUGGCACUUGUGGUACAGAACCCAGCCUAUGGACGAGACUUGGUUAUAUGUCCCUCGAUCCCAACGAGCGGAGCCAGCACCAGGCUCGUGAGCUGAAGUCUGUGUAUGUUGAUGCAAAGGGUAGAUAUUUAAAAUUUGUGAUGCAUUGUUGCCAUGUCCUUGGAGAGUAUGUCAAGAAUUCAAUCAAUUCAGCUAAUGAGCGCAACCCAGAGAAACCGAGUAGUUCGUUACCACGCCGCGAACGCGUCGAUGAUCUUGCGUUUGACAUGAAUGUUGAUCCUCGCGCGGGCCGGCUUAUACGAUCGCUGCUUAUAGCUAAGCAGACAGCAAUCGAGGCUGAAGACUACGAUGCAGCGAAGCGAAUCAAAGCGGCAGAACAGGAACUACAGGCCCUUGGCGGGCAGCUGGCACAGCUGGAGAUAUCAAAACGCGUGGCAGUCCGAGAUGAGGACUACGAUCGCGCCAAGCUCCUUAAACACGAGGACACCUGUAGUUGA